UGUGCAAACUAAAGAGCGAGAACGAAAAUCUCCCUAGAAAGAGCUCGAGAAACAAGCUGUCAAAUCAUACACAAUCUUGGCGCUUCUUUUCGGAAGCGAAGAACACACCGUGAAUUUUCCUGUACGAACAAACUUGCUCUGUAACCGGUAAAAUAUUUUCACUAUGUCCACGAUAAAGAAGCUUGAAAUACGAGGUGUACGUAGUUUUGGCGUUGAGCGUGACGAUGUACAGCAAAUAAAUUUCCGGUCGCCGCUUACGUUGAUCGUGGGGCAGAAUGGAUGUGGUAAAACCACCAUCAUAGAAUGUCUGAAAUAUGGUCUUACUGGAGAACUUCCACCAGGUACGAACCGUGGAAUUGGUUUCGUACACGAUCCCAAAAUAUUCAACACCGUAGAAAGCCUGGGACAGGUGAAGCUGAUGGUGAAGGAUUUCACGGGAAACACGGUGACGGCAAUACGUUCGAUGAAAAUUACGCGCAAAAACAAGACUCCAAAGUUCGAGACGUUGGAUUCCACCAUCACCAUGGAGAAUGCACAGACGAAGGAAAAAAUCACUAUGACACGUUCGCGAGUUACAGACAUCAACAACGAAAUGUGCGACGCAAUGGGUGUUUCGAAAGCCAUUCUAAACAACGUAAUAUUUUGCCACCAGGAAGAAUCCUGCUGGCCACUGGAUGAACCUAAAGAGCUGAAGAAAAAGUUCGAUGCCAUUUUCGGAACCACCGAGUACAACCGGGUCAUCGACAAGCUUAUCAAAAUCAGCAAAGGGUACAAUGAAGAGCUGAAGGAAAAGAUGGCAGAUUUGAAACUGCUGGAGAACGUAAAGUCGCAAGCUGAAACAAAACAGCUGCAGCUAGAAGAUGGUGAUAAAAAGCUAGGAAAGUUACAUCAAACUAUUAGCGAGCUAGAAAUCGACAUUAAGCCGAUCCAGGAUAAGCUCGAGCAGUUAGCAAUAGUUGAGCGUCAGUAUUCUUCACUGUUAACAAAAAAGAUAGAAUUCAGCUCCAAGAUAAAGAGCAAAAAAGAGCAGAGCCAACAGUUGCAGGCAAAAAUAAACAAACUUUUUGAUGGUUCUUUGCAUGAGUUGGAAGUAGAAAUUAAAAUAUUCCAGCAAACUUCUGCCUCAAAGCAUUCCGAGUUGGAGGAGGAUGAAUCGGAACUGCAGCGGUUCAAGUCGCAGGAUCGUUCCCUGCAAAGCAAGCUGCAGUCAAUAGAUGGGCAAAGGAUUGAGUUUUCCGAAAAGCAGAAACGAGAACGCGAACUUCAGAUUGAGCGGGGCAAAAAGAUGAAGACCCUUGGCGGUAAGCUUACUCUCGCUUUGUCCGAUAAUUUGGGCGAUGCUUCGAUUAGUGCUAGCGUUUUAGAAUCGGGUCUUAGCUCGAUCCGUAAUGCUUUGAAACAACAAGAGCUUAAUUUACAAUCGAAAACCAAAACGUUCGAGGAGGAUGAUGUACGGGCUCAAAAAAGUAUCGAUAAGUUGAGGGAAACCAAAGCCACACUGGAGAGCGAUUCCACUUCCAAGCGCAAACAAAUUGCUCAGCUAGAACGAGAAAAGCUGCAAGCUAUGCGUGAGGUGGCUGAAAUUGAAAGUUCUGCCGAAUCGCUGAAACGAUUGAUCGACGAAAUCAACCGGCUCGAACAAGAGUACGAAACGCAGGUGGCGGCAACCAAUUUACCAGCAAUGAGAAAAGAGCUUGGCGAACGGAAGCAAUUGCGCGAUCAGCUGCAAGGUGAGCUAGAUCGUUUGGAAGAGCGGAUCAGUUCGUUGGAUAAGGUAGCGAUGAAGGAACAGGAGCUAACACUGAAGGAACAGCAAUGUACCAGCCGUGAAAAUGAGUUACGCCGACUGCGCAACAAGCAUGCAGAUAGCUUACGCCGUCUAUUUCCCGAUCGUACAAUUGAGUCAAACUAUAAGACCAACCUGCAAAGCCUAUACGAUGAUUUGCAAAAGGAGGUAAAAACUGUAAAUGAGAAAAUACGUCGAGCACAAGCGAUUGUGACCGAAAUGGAAACUACGCGAAAGAACCAAAAGACUCAGCUGGAACGGUUGGAGCGUGAUUUGGGAGAAGCGGAAGAAAAAAUUUACAGUGCCUGUCGGGGCAAUGCUUACGAGGACGUGUUGGCUAAGCUGAACGAUAAAAUUGCCAAAAACAAUAUGGAGCAUGGAGAAGCACGAUCGGCCGUAGUUUUGUAUCAAAAGUUUAUUUCUAACAUCGAAAAUGAUCGCUGCUGUCCGGUGUGCGACAAGGGGUUGGAAAGUGAGGACGUUCACGAUGUUAGUAGCAAGCUUUCCGAUGAAAUCCGACGACUGCCAGAGAAGAUUGAAGCACUGGAACGUACGCUCAAGAAAGAUCGUUCCGAUUAUGAUAAGCUGUUAGCAUUGAAGCCCAUUUCCGAGCGGUUGGAAAAGCAAAAGAAGGAACUGCCCCAGUUGAAACAGCAGUUGCAGGAUACAGAAAAGCGGCUCACUACUGCAUCGGACGAUCUGGAGGAACAUCAGCUGGCUGUGUCGGAACCGACCGCCAACAUGCAGUUAAUUAAUACGAUUGUCGGUGAUAUGAGCAUCCUGGAUAAGCUUGGUCUCGAAUUGGAACGCAUGAAGCGCGGUGUUGAGGAGCUACGAUCCCAACUGGGAACUCACAUUACUGAAGGAGUAACAAUUGAAUCACUCAAAUCGGAACGCGAUACAUUGCGCACCAAUUUUAAAACGGAGCGAAACGUUGUGGAUGAGAUGCAAAACACAAUCGAUACGAAGGCAGAAAAGCUCAAUAACAUGCAAUCCCGCAACAAUCAGAUGAAGUCGAAGAAGCUGAAGUUGCAAGAAGCGGUUCAAUCGUUGGAUCAGAAGCGCGCAAACGUUAGUGAGAUGGGUGCAAAAAUGACUACACUAAACGCUGAGCUCAAAACUGCCGAACAACAGCUGAACCCCGUGAAGGUGCAACUGCAAACGGAGCUAGAGCAAAAGCAGCGCGCAAAGGAGCAAAACAACCGGGAGCUACAAGUGUUGCGCAAAACAUUAGAUGCGCUGCGUUGGGAGGAGACGGAAAUCGUUCGGUUGGGUAGCGAAUUGGAUGAACUUGCGGCACUUAACUUGAGUGCAGAGCUGAGCCGGCUCCAGUCGAAAAAAGAACAGGUACAGCAGGAACAAGACCAGCUGAAACGGAGCAUGGAGUGUAAGGCAAAAGGCAUCGAAAAACUUAAACAGGACAUUGCCAAUCAACAUAUGCAAGAGCGUGAUCUGAUAGAUAACAAGGAUCUAAAGCGUUUGAUACGUGAAACGACCGAUCUAGAAGCGGAGCUCGCAGUGUUGCUUAAGAACAUGGGCGACAUGGAAGUGGGAAACGUACAGAAAGAACGCAACCGGCUUAUUGACCUGCGUGAUGCCUUACAGGCGAAGCGCAGUGAACUGAAUGGUCAGGCGAGUGAACUGAAGCGUCAGCUAAACGAGCUCCGAAAGGAGUUGGAGCACAGCGAAUAUCGCAAUGCUACUCGAAACUAUUUCAAAACUUUGGGCGAAUCGAUGGUGCAGCGAAAAAUCAUCAGCGACAUUAAAAAGUACCGGGAUGCACUCGAAGGUGCGUUGCAGGAGUAUCACACCGAAAAGAUGCAGGAGAUUAAUCGUACGAUUUUUUCACUGUGGCGUGAUAUCUAUCGUGGAAACGAUAUCGAUUACAUACGCAUCAAUACGGUGGACGAUGGUGUCGCGGAACGGUCGGACCGACGGCGUAUAUACACGUACGGUGUGGUGCAGGCAAAGCAUGAUGUAGAGAUCGAUAUGCGCGGUCGCUGUAGUGCUGGACAGAAGGUGUUGGCCUCGCUUAUCAUACGCUUGGCGCUGGCGGAAACGUUCAGUAGCAACUGUGGUGUGAUGGCACUGGAUGAACCAACUACUAACUUAGACCGGGAAAACAUAGAGUCGUUGUGUGAAUCUUUGCGUCGGAUUGUUUCCGAACGACAAGGAGGUAACUUUCUGCUGAUCGUCAUCACGCACGACGAGGAGUUUGUGACAAAGUUGGAGCAGUUCGAAACGUACUAUCGAAUUUCGCGUAAUGGCGAUGGCAAAUCGAUGAUUAAAGAGGAGAGUCUCUAAACACCAUUCCACACGUAAGAUGUUAAUUGUUUCUUAUUUACUACGUAUAAUAUUUGGGUUAACAAUAAAUUCUACAUUGUUCGCCUGAGGGCGAAUUC